AACACAUUGCUACGUUCCUAGGAAAAUUCCCAUAACAUUUAUACAACUUGUCAAUAGCAAAUUAGCAACCAACAACUAGCACCAUUAAAUACCCCAAUACUACAUACUCAUAAUUUACCAAAAAAUUAUAAUAUGGUCAAACUUAGCAAUGUUGAGGUGGCCGUAGUGAUGAUUCCACUACCAGCACAAGGCCAUUUAAACCAACUCCUCCACCUCUCCCGCCUCAUCUCCGCCUAUCACCUCCCACUCCACUUCACCGGAACCACCACUCAUCUCCGCCAAGCGAAAAAUCGCAUCCAAGGAUGGGACCCACUUUCCACAUCCAACGUCAAAUUCCACGAAUUCUCAAUCCCAAGUUACGAAACUCCACCUCCAAAUCCAAAUUCAACCACCAAAUUUCCCUCCCAUUUGAUGCCCUCUCUUCUCGCCACGUGUCAUCUCCGCCACCCAAUUUCUUCUCUUUUACAUGAACUUUCUAGAAAUUACAGAAGAGUAAUUGUUAUUUAUGCUUCUUUAAUAGCUUGGGUUCUUCAAGAUGCUCCUUCUAUACCGAAUGUUGAGUGCUAUAGCUUUCGUAGCAUUUCAGGUUUUACUAUUUACUCAUUCAUCUGUGAUGCUGCUGGAAGAUUACCUGCUGAUGCUGAAAAUGAAUUUCUGGAAAAAAUUUCAUCAAUGGAAGGCUGCUUCACAUCAGAAUUUGCAGAAUUCAGCAGAGUACAAACAGAGUUUAGGGAAAUGGUUAAUUCUGGUGAUUUAUAUAAUUCUUGUUAUGAAAUUGAAGGAUUUUAUCUUGAUUUGCUAGCAAAAGAGAAACGUGCAGGUAAUAAACAAUGGGCUGUUGGUCCAUUAAACCCGCCGAAACUGUUUGAUAAAAGAGAUUCAAGAAAACCCCAUAAAUGUAUCAAAUGGCUGGAUGAACAAGAGCCAAACUCCGUCAUAUUCGUGUCUUUUGGGACAACGACUACACUUUCCGAUGAAGAAAUUAAAGAAUUAGCGAUCGGGUUGGAGAAAAGUGAGAAAAAAUUCAUAUGGAUAUUGAGAGAAGCAGAUAAAGGUGACAUUUUUACAGGGGAAAGUAGAGAAGUUGAGUUACCAGAAGGGUAUGAAGAAAAAGUGGAGAAAAGAGGGUUAAUAGUGAGAGAUUGGGUACCACAACUGGAAAUAUUGAGACACGAGUCGACGGGUGGAUUCAUGAGUCAUUGUGGGUGGAAUUCAUGUAUGGAGAGUAUUUCAAUGGGAAUGCCAAUAGUUGCUUGGCCAAUGCAUUCCGAUCAACCAAGAAAUGCAAUUUUGGUAACAGAGGUGUUGAAAAUUGGAGUAGGAUUGAAGGAUUGGGCGAUGAGAGAUGAGUUGGUGAGCUCAGAUGCAGUAGCAGAAUGCGUUAAGAGAUUGAUGGAUUCUGCAGAAGGAGAUAAGAUGAGACAGAGGGCUACGGAGUUGAGCAAAUCAGUGGUGAAUGGCGGUGGUAGCGGCAAAGAGAUGGACUCUUUCAUUGCCCAUAUUACAAUAUAAAAAGAUCCAGUUUUGUACUAGUUGAGCUUGUUUCAUGUUUUGUUACCCUGAAUGUCUAUUAGAAUUUAAAGCAGUUUA